GGGAAAACGAGCAGGCAGGCAGACAGACAGCAGAAGAUAAUUGCUCACAAGAGGAAGAAGAGGAAGACAGGGAGAAACACACAAGAAUGGCGUGAGAAAAAGGGGGAGUGACAGACGGACAGCCACACAGACAAGGACAUCGGUGAACAGCAGUGACAGAAGGAGGAGGGCGCCCUGACACACGCAGAGGGAGGGGCAGGAGGAUGGUAGAAGAGUGUGUGGCGUCAGUCAAGCAGUGUCCCAGGGGUACGCCAUAAAGAGAGGAGAGGGCUGCAAGUCUGAUGCUGCUGGGGAGCUGUGAGGAGACCAACACUUAAAAACCACCACCACCACCACCACCACCACCACCACCACCACCACCACCACCAUCAUGCUGACCGUCGCCUUCUAUGGAGAGUGGCUGCCUCUUGUGCUGCCCCAGGUCUCUGACCAGACUGUGGAGGACAUCCUGGUGGCGGCCGCUCGUGUCCUGGGCAUCAGUCCCCUCUGCCGCCACCUCUUUGGCCUUAGGAACCGCAGCAAUGGGCUCUGGGUCAGUCUGGGCUGUGCCGUGGAGAAGCUGCCAGCCAAUCCCACACUGGAGUUUCGUUUGCGGUUCAAGCCAUACACUCUCGACCGCCUCAAGGCUCUCGAUCGCUCUGCCUUUGACUAUCUCUUCCACCAGGUACGGGCAGACUUCCUAGCGGGGGAGAUCCCAGAACUAAUCAAGCACCCUGAGGAUGGUCUGGGUCUGGUGGUGACUGAUGUCCUGCUCCACCUUCUCAACAAUCCUGGGAGGAAGGUUGGUGACAUAGAUCUGAAGAGCUUCAUGCCGAGGGAACUGAACGGCAUGGCUAACAGACUCAAUGUGAAGAGAAAUGCAGAGAAGCUUGUAGAGACAUGUCAGAACAGGGAGGCCAGCUUCGUACGGGAGCGCUAUCUCUUCAAGGUUGAGGAGAGCCAGUGCAGCUAUGGCAGUGAGGAGUACAACGUGCUGCGUGAUGAAGGUGGGGCCGUGCACAGUGCCAGACUUUGCAUUGACCCCUACCACACCGAACACCCCGGCCUGCGCUACAGCCACUCGCCCAACAAGAAGGCGUCAUGGUCCCACCUGUGCUGCAUCGAGGACCUGGUGUUUGUGACAACGCGCUCCCAGGACCUGACGGUGGAGGUGUCCCGCAAGACUGGUGUGCCCUGCUACUUCAAGCUGUCCACCAUUGAGGAGCUGGAGGCAAUGGUUGGCUGUCUCACUGGGUACUACCGUCUGAUGUGCACCUGGACCUUUGAUCUCUGCCGGGAGCUGUCCACGCCCUCCCUGGUCUUCCUGCGGUCCAACAAGUGCCAUGGACCAAUAGGGAGUGAAGUGUCGGCCAGGAAGCUGCAGGAGAAGGGUGGCAGUGAGGUAGGGGUAGGCCUGCUGCGGGAGUCCCCCACUGAGUAUGACACAUUCCUGCUGGACGUGGUGGUGGAGGCCAACGCACCACCACAUUGCUACACCAUUCAGCGGCAGGGGGACAAGUUCCACCUUCAAGACUCCAGGGAUUUCUACAGCAGCUUGGGGGGAAUGAUUCGUGACUUUGUGCGGCGCUCUGACAGCCCUCUCAGGCUCACCCGUGUCCUGCCCUUCUCAGACUACGAUGACACUGAACAGCUCCUCAUCUGUGCCUCGUCCAGCAGGGAGAUGCGCCGCCAGGACCUCUCCGGACCCAGGGUGAUCAGUAUGUCGCACCUCACAUCCAUCGAGGACAACAUCUCCCGCGGCCGCUAUUCAGACCUGAUCCGGGCACAGUGGAGUGGCGACAAGAGCAGGGAGGUGGCUGUCAAGGUCCCCAAGCUGCACAGCAUUGAGGACACUGAGCGCUACCUGGCUGUGUUGAACCAGUUUGCCUUUGUGACGUGUGACUGUGUGGUGGCUGUGCAUGGCGUCACUCUCAGCCCCCUGGCCCUGGUGAUGGAAUUCCUGCCCCUGGGACCCCUUGACAAGUACCUGCAGGAACACCACACAUCUUUGAAGGAGGUGGACUUGGUGGAGGCAGCGACCCACCUUGCCCGAGCACUGUGGUACCUCAAUGUGGAGGACAUUCACCACAACAACAUCCGCUGCCACAACAUCCUGGUGGUGGAGCACACGGACCAGAGCUUCAAGGUGAAGCUGAGUGACCCUGGGUUGGUGAGGUAUGAUCACCGCGACCUGCACUGGAUCCCCCGGGAGUACCACAUCCAGCCGCCCCUUGCCCUGCAGGACCCCACCACAGAUAUCUGGGCCUUCAGCACCACCCUCUGGCAGAUCUUCUCCCUUGGGGCAACACCACUGCCAGGUGCUGACAUGGAAGAGAUGCGGAGCUUGUAUGCCACAGGACUUGUGCUGCCUCGCCCUGACAGGUGCCCCAGGGAUCUGUACCAGGUGAUGCUGCGCUGCUGGUCCCCAGAUCCCCAGGCCAGGCGGCAACCCCAGGCUGUCAUGAGGGAUGUGAACCAGAUCCUCUACCAGGUGUUCAACUCCCGGCAGAAGCAUGCCUACCAGACCAUCUAUUCGGAGGACACGGACUUACAGCAGCAGAAUGGCGAGGUGGAGAGCAGCGUCAAGGUGGCUGAGGAGGACACCACCUCUGUCACCACCCAGCUCACCACCCUCACCUAUGCUGAUGGCUCUGUGGCGCAGGUGACCCUAAACCAGCUGCCAGACCUCAUGGUGGACAACCUCAUUUCCUUCAACACCCCAGAGUUCCAGCCACCUCACAUUUAUGAGAUGGGGACAGCCUUCUCCCUCCCUGUUUCCUCUCAAGUCAGGAAUGUCAAGCCCCUAGACGUGCUGCUGCAGUUCUCAGUGUCAUCACCUCGCCUGCCGCCCCUCCCCGCCCUGCCCACCAAGCCACUGCACCUUGACAAGUCUGACAUCAAGUUUGGCAUCAAGAUUGGCGAGGGUAACUACGGGGAGGUGUACCGUGGCCAGAUGACGGAUGCUCAGGGACGGCAGGAGACAGUGGCCAUCAAGUCCCUGAAGGCAGUGGGGCAGACAGACGACCUCAAGAGAGAGUUCAGGAUCAUGCAGAAACUGAAGCACCGCAACAUAGUGAGGCUGUGUGGGUUGGUAGACUCGGACGAGGAGGACAUGUAUGUGGUGAUGGAAUACCUGCCCAUGGGUUCCCUCAAGGACUAUCUUAAGACCCACCGCGAGCACAUCAAUAACACCAUGCUGCUCAAGUUUGCCAUGGACAUUGCUGAGGGGAUGGAUUACCUGGAGCAGUCCCGCAUCAUCCACCGUGACCUGGCAGCACGCAACAUCCUUGUGGCUGACCAGCACACUGUCAAGAUCACUGACUUUGGCCUGGCGCAGGAACCCAACAAGGGGAACUACUACAUCAGGCAGACCAACCGUGCCUUGCCUCUGCCUUGGUAUGCCAUAGAGUGCAUUGAGACAGGCAAGUUCUCCCACAAGAGUGAUGUGUGGUCCUACGGGGUCACCUGUUGGGAGAUGUUCACCCGGGGGCAAGAGCCAGACCUCCCCCAGAAGCCUGAGACUCUUAUACAGAUGCUGAAGAAUGGCAAGCGUCUGAACCUGAAGCCACCGUGCCACCCAACCAUCUAUGCCGAGCUGAUCAGGCCGUGCUGGGACCAGGAGCCUGAGACGCGGCCUAACUUCUCAGCACUCAUCCAGCAAGUGAAGGAACUUCAGGAGGAGGACCUGUGAUGGCUGUGUGUGUGUGUGUGUGUGUGUGUGUGUGUGUGUGUGUGUGUCCCAGAUGUCCAUGUAUACUUUUUUUUUUCAUGUUUUACAGUCACAGGUGCAAUGGCUCUCUUAUCUUUGUGAGUCAUUACUCCAGCAAGCAUUGGUAAAGGUUCACACUGCUGGUCCAUUAGAUGAGGCUUCACAGCACCCUCUACUUUCACUGCAACACAGCCUACACACUCCACCGGCUUCGUGCUGCAUGAUGGAAGACCAGCUUUUUGUAGUCUUGAUGGAUUGAUUGCCAAAUUAAUCCUGCAUAUUUUAUCGUUUUUACAUAAUCUGCUUAGUAACCGAGCUUCUCGCAAGGCACACAAGUUAGUGGAGUUGGCAGUGUAAGAAGAUGAGUAGUAGUGAUGCUUAACUUUCUCCAGCAUUUUGACAGUUUCUUUUCAUUCUUUUGAAGGAGAACUGUCAGAGCAUUAGACAGAGGAGAGUAUUGCUGCCUUGUGUGUUUUCCUGCCAAUUCCACCCAUUUUUAAUUCCACUAAGUUUACCAGAGGGAGAGAGCUACUGCUUUGUCUCAUGUCUGUUGAUGAUGAAGUUCCACAGUCCAUUCAGUCAACUUGGAGAAAAAUGUGUGAAAUUCAGUCCGUCUUUGUGGCAAUCCGUCUCUGUUAGCUUUGGGCAUUGAGUACAUUGUAUCAGUAUUUAGCAUUAAUAGGUUAAACAGUAUUUUGCAUUAGCAUAUUUUCCAUUACACAGCAGAUGUGAGCUCUGGGAAAAAGCCUACAGAGGGUACUCAACUUUAGUCUUUGCUCUGAUGUUGGAAUAUGUUUGUAUAUCUGAGUGUGUGUGAGUGAGUUGCUGUGUGUUGGCUGUCCCUCUCUGCAUGGGUGUCAACUUUAUGGAUAGUUUGAUAGUUAUUAUUGUUGUUAUUAUUAUCAAAAUUAUUAUUGUUGUUAUUAUUUUUUAUUAACUAUAGUCUGCGCAGCUGUGAUGAGCAGCUGUGGUACAUAAAACAUACUGUGGGAGGACAUGCUGUGGACCUGUGGGUUGUGGAGAGAGAGAGAGAGAGAGAGAGAGAGAGAGAGAGAGCAUGCACGGAUUGUGUGUGUGUGUGUGUGUGUGUGUGUGUGUGUGUGUGUGUGUGUGUGUGUGUGUGUAUUGUAGAUGCCUCCUGUCAGUUGUCAUGCUGGUCUCUAAAUACGUUAAGUCGUACAAUUGUGGAGCUUGCCUCAUGGAAGACUACAGUACUCUCUGUAGACCGUUUCCACAUCACUAAUUGCCCACUCGUGCUUGGCACAUUGUAACAUGCCAGACCCUUGUUAUUCUGAGUUAAGUAAGAGAAGGAAGCAUUACUCAUAUCAACAUUCACAAGUUAACCCUUUCACUUUUAUGGUUGUUCUUUAACACUGAGUACUGUAAAAAGAAUUAGUUGAAUGAACAAAUGGAAAAAGAGAAAGUUAAUUUUGUCUUUUCUAUGCUGCAGGACUAUUUAAGGUACUGUAAGUAAUGUUGCAAGAAAAUUAAAAGUGUGCCAGACAUCUAAGGUUAUGUGGCAUGGCAGGUGGUGCAGAGUAGGUUGAAAUAUGGAAUGUAUUAAGGGAUAUUUUUAAGGGACUUGUAUAAAAUUCACUGUGAAAAGUUUUGAUGAUUAUGGGAAAAUUAUGAAGUGAAAGGGUUAAAAGUAAGUCAGAACCACACUUGUUCAUCCUUUGCACAGUGUUGAGUGGUAGGUGUGGGUGCCUGCACCUUCUCCCUCACAUCACUUGUACUACUGACAUGGACACCUGAAUCUCAGUGUUUGUAUUGCAUGACCAGACACUCAAGGUACAGUCUCUGUCAAAAGUUGAGUAACCUUCCAUAUCUGCUGCUAUUGUUCUGUUUUUCCUCACUCACAAGUCUCCUGAUCAGGUAUUUACGGAAGUAACCCUUCCCCACAAAUUUCCAGAUGCUGAUUAUUACUUAUUUUUGAGUAAAGGUAUGAUACCUUUUUGAGUAAUCUACACAAUGAAGGGAUUAGCAGCAAAAUUAAUGAAUUGAAUGGAUCUAAACCUAAUCCUUGGGCAAAAACAUUAAUGUUAUUUCAACAUUAUAAGUUGUCUAGUUUUAUAAUGUAAGCUGAUUAGAGGACUCAGUAUUGAAGAAAAGCAUUAAGCUUCAUGUUAAAGACUGGGAUGUUACCAAACUUUUGACUACAACAGUGUAUAUAUAUAUAUAUAUAUAUAUAUAUAUAUAUAUACUUUACCAAGCAUGCUGUAAUGAUUGCCCAAGCACAGAUGGUGUCUGGUCAGCCUUGACUAUCUGUCCACCACCACACACAGAUCAAAAUAACAAGGGUCUGUUACAGCCUUAAUAUAGAAACGUUUGCCAAAUUCCAAACUUCAGGAAGAAACUAACAUAACCUCAGAUGUGAUGCAAUUACUAAGCUUGAAUCCUCACAGUGUGCACAUCACAUAUUACAAAGGUUUUAUUGACGUGUGCACAUCACAUAUUACAAAGGUUUUAUCGACGCACCAGAAAGUACACUAUAAGCAUCCAGAAUCAUACGGUUCACAAACCUCGUACUCUGUGAUAAGUCUCCUGAAAGUGAAGGGAUAGUUUUAAGAGGGUGUGUCAGGGAAGGGAGGGAUGAUAGAUGGGUAUGCAUUGGGCUUAUUCUGAAGGAUGGGUGAAAAAUGAGGGUAGGAAUGAUGAGGAGAGUAAGUUUUCAUUUGUGAGUGGUGAAUCUAAAAGGCAGGGAGAUAUACUGUGACCUGUGGUGAGGAGAGAGAGAGAGAGAGAGAGAGAUUGGUGAGUGCAUGUAGUUUGUAAACAGACUUUGGGAACAUAUUGUGGAUCUGUGGGCUGUGAUGAGAGAGUGAGUGAGUUACCAUACACCAUAGAAAAUAAAGGUACACCAUGCAUUACAGAUUCCUUUACAAACUAGUGGCUAAGUUCACAGAUAAAAGAUUACUGUGGAAUAGAUGACAGACGUAUGUAGAUGUUUAUAGCAGCUGUGUGUGUGUGUGUGUGUGUGUGUGUGUGUGUGUGUGUGUGUGAAGCUCUGUGAUGUUAGAGGUUUGUAGUGAGUUAGCUUGGUGUCUUACUGGAGUAGAAUUAAUAGAAGGAACGUACAAGAGAGUGAACUUCAAGUAAAUUAGACAAAGUUAAUGAAAGGAGAAGAGGAGCAAGGGAUGGGCUGCACCUCUUACGUGGAGAUAUGCUGUAAGAUUAAAUAUUAAUGGUCACAAAUUAAAGAAAUGCGAUACUAUUAGUGUUUUAGGAAGAGAGGUUUGAGAUUAUUUUUAGUUCUCUCAAACCAAGGCUCGCUUCUUACUGCCUGUUUCACACAUCCGUCUGGAGGCGGAAUGUGUUGUUGGUGGUGUGUCACUCCAGCAGCAGGAAAUCUGCUGUUGCUGCCGUAUAAAUAAUGGCAACAGCACUCCUCCGUGUCAUGGAUGGAUAUUUAGCAGCUCCAUUUGAUUUUUCUAUCAUCGAGUGGCAUCAAUGGUGACAUACUCUGUCUCCAGAUGGACAUACAAAACAGUUAGGAGCAAGCCUAAGUUAGUGAAAUGGAGAAGUGCCAGACAGUCACUCAUUUUUGUGUUCCCUGGAGAAAGAACCAAGAGAUACAAGGAGAUGAGGUGAUGUAGGAAUAGUUAGUUAUGUAAAGUACUAAGUUACAUGUGGUGAAGUAGCUCUGGCAAAGCACCAACUGCAAGAUCUCCAGAUCCUUGCAAGAAUGUAGGAAAAUACAACUCUUGCCACUGAAUCAUAACAAGAACUCAAACACCAGGUCUUUGAGUCAACACAAUAAAUGAGUGCCAUGCCAGACUGUUAAUCUUUAAUGCCCCAGGCUGGUGUGGUGCCGUGUUAGUCCUGCCUCCCCACACCUCACGUCCUAGACAGGCUGUCCCUGAGCAGAAAGAAGGCUGGUGCUGCUGUGUUAAUUUCCUUCCACCUGGCCCUAGGUUGUGAUAUUUCCUGCCACUGCCUGUUGGGGGACGCCUCCCUAGAGGUCCCUACAGGCAGAGGCAUUUGUUAGUUCACUGUACACACACACUUGACUUAUCAUGGUUCAAUUUAUGGUUAUUUUACUUGACAAAACUGAAAGAUUUAUAUGCAUUCUGUAGAAACUUUAAGUAUGAAUAUUAUCAUCAUCAUUACAUGCAUAACUAUAUUUGAUGAUUAAUACCAAGCACUAUUCUUAUUUACAACUGUUAAUUUGUUAUAGGUAAAUAAAGUUUUAUCUCAGCCAACUAAAGCUCAUGAUCAUGCUUCUGACAAAGCAUUUCUUUGCAAUGAGUUUACCAGGAUGACUCCAUGGUAGUCCACGUGUGUGUACAUUCCAAUGGUUUGUUAGUGAAGUGGCUUAUCUGUUACAUAGUUAUCUGUUACAUACUUUUGUAUUUCAUCUAUUUAGUAAUUUUAUUGCUGUGUAUUUUUUGUGAUUCUACUGUGCAGAUUGUUUCAUCUAUUUUGUGACUCUACCACUGGUUAUAUUUCAUGUAUUCUUAUGACAACCACUUUGAUUAUUACACUUCACCUAUUUUGUGUCACUUUCACCGAUUAUAUUUAAUGUAUUUUGUGACUCAACCACUGACUAUUUUUCAUGUAUUUUUGUGACUACCACUUUGAUUAAAUUGUGUAUUUUUGUAAUUCUACUAUCCUAAUUAUAUUUCAUCUAUAGUUUGUGAUCCUGUUGCCUGGAUUCACCCAUUUCUACUACAAGAGUGUGUGCAUCCUCCUGUACAGCUCAUAAAUAUAUAUAUACAGGUGAUUCUUAACAUUAGCUCAUGCUUUAUAAAUACAGUACAAAGAUGA